AUGGGAGGAGGAACCCCCGGUGAAUUUGCCUUUGAAGCUUCAUCGGAAAGCAGCAGUUGGGGAUGCUGUGGAGACAUCCGGGCCCUCCACACCCCUGGGGCAUCUUGUGGCAUCGGAAGGCGUCAAGGCCUGAGCCUCUGCGGAGUUUGUGCUUCUGAAAGGCUGGCUGAAAUUGCCACGCCGUCCCUCCUGAGAUAUAUCAUACGUACUGUUGGCCAGAAGUACUGCCUGGACCCUGCUGUGAUCGCUGGUGUCUUGUCCAGGCGGUCUCACGGCAGCAACGUCCUGGCCAAUGUGGACGGUGUGGGUGAUGGAGUCAGGGUGGUACAGGAGCCUGGACCCUGGUCUUUAUGUCCCACAUCCUGGAUCAGUGAGGCCCAGGUUUCCCGAGUGACUGAAGUCCUGACUGUAAGAAUCAAAACCCAGAGGAGGUUCCCAACCUAGACCCCUGACCAGUACCUGAGAGGUGGACUCUGUGCCUACACGGGAGGUGCUGGCUACAUCCAAAGCAGCCAGGACCUGAGCUGUGACUUCUGCAACGAUGUCCUUGCACAAGCCAAGUACUUCAAGAGACAAGGCUUCUAAAACUUCAGCUCAAACCCAAGAUCCCUAUCAUGUAGCCGGACUCAGCCGUUGCACAAAUAAAAGUAGCCAAUGAGGCCAAUAACUGUGAAUCUGAGUUUGCCUGAAUGUCAUCAAAAUAACG